AUGUUAGGCGAAAAAGGCUGCAAGCUGUGGUUUGCAAGGAAUUACAAAGGGCCUGCACAAAUAUUCGAAAUUCGGGGACGUUGAGUUAUUCAGUGAUGCAGUACUAAGAGCAGGUUAUAAAGAAACAGAAGUAAGAGUUCUAUUGUAGCAGAAUACGAACUGGAAAUGGAGCAGGUCUCAAGCCCAUAUUUCCAAAACUUCACUGUCAAACAGGAGCCAAUGUGGGACGAAGUUCAGAUUCCACCAAUACAGUUCCCCCCUGCUGCCCCCUCAAAGAAAAAACCUGGCAGGAAAAGAAAAGUGAAGGAAGAACCUGUAGAAAACGGUGAGUCUGUAACAGUAGAUGGUAAAGUGGUCAAGGUGAAACAGGAGAAAAUCACAGAACACUUGAAGGUCAGAAAGAAGUAUGACAGGUUUAAGGGGAUGACAGAAGAGGAAGUGUUACAGAGGACACUGCCUGACCACUUGACCCAUGGACUGGACAUUGUCAUUGUUGGUAUAAACCCCGGCCUCACUGCAGCUUUUGUGGGACACCACUAUGCAGGACCAGGCAACCACUUCUGGAAAUGCUUAUUCCUGUCUGAAUUGAUCCCAGAACAGCUGAAUGCUUAUGAUGACUAUAAGCUGAAAGAAUUUGGAAUUGGAUUCACAAAUAUCGUGGAAAGAACAUCUCGAGGAAGUGCAGAUCUCACAAAGAAAGAAAUCAAGGAAGGUGGAGAAAUUCUAAAAGGAAAAAUACAGAAAUACAAACCAAAGAUAGCAGUUUUUAAUGGGAAAGGCAUAUACGAAGUGUUUGUUGGUCACAAGAACUUCCACAUUGGAAAACAACCGGACCAUUUUCCUGACUGUCCUGACACGGCAAUCUUUGUGAUGCCUUCCUCCAGUGCACGGUUUACCCAGCUUCCAAGGGCCGUUGACAAAGUGCCAUUUUACCAAGCAUUGAAAAAAUACAGAGACUACCUCAGAGGUGACAUAAGCCAUAUAGAGGAAUCAGAGAUCUGUUUUCCUAACCUUGACCUCAAGGUGAAGGUCAAGAAGGAACCUGACACAGAUCCAAAUGGUCAGAGUCUCCCCAAGGCUCCAGCUGAACCCAAACAGAAGAAGCCUAGAGCGAGAAAAAAGAUAAAAAAAGAGCCUAAAGAAGUUGGAGGUGACUCAAAUAUGAUGCCUAACUGUAUGAAUUUCCAGCAGUUUCAGGUUCCUAAUGGCCAGGGCAGUACAAUGGCUGUACAGCAUGGUGCGUCUUCAUCUCUACCCGAUUUCAGCAGGGCAGUUCUUCAGGUUAAGUCUGAGCCAUAUGACCCCUUCUUGGCGUCUUUCAACCAGUCUGUUCAAAAUUGCCCAACUACACAACAGAGCUUUCAGGCCCAUUUCGGCUCCCAACAACAGCAACAUUUGCAGCAAUUUCAUCAUUCUCAGCAACAGCAUUUGCAACAUUUUCCACAGCAACAACAGCAUCUACCUCAGCACAAUAGUCAACAGCCCCAGGGUCAACCCCAGGGUUUACUGCCCCAGGGGCCAGACCCAUCCCAGAGAUUACAACAUUUCAAUGAUUCUCACCAAAAUUAUCAGAAUUC